AUCAAAUUUAAUCAUGUCAACACUCGAAAGUCCAUCUUUUGAAGGUUAUAUUUUUCAAAAUCAUUCGUUCAGUGUUAAGAAUAAUCCGAUUUAUGAAGUCUAUGAAGAGAGAAUUAAUGUUCUACAAGGUGGAACUACGAAUAAUCAUCUUGUUGAGGAGAUACGAAUAUUGAUCGAUGAGGAGACAAUUGAGAUGAAUUUCACAAAUACAUUGCCAACAACUAAUAAGAUUGUGAUUUCUCACUCGUCGAGAGAAUUCUCAACGAGAUUGAUGGAAAUCACACUUGGAAUAACAGGGCAGGCAGGUGUUUCCCUAAUGGCUUAUGUAUCAACAACAACUACCACCACAUCGUCCUCGAGUUCUCUUCGAGGACUAAAUUUAGUGGUGGCAGGUAAUGCUGUUGGAUUUAUUGCCACUUUUCUCGGGAUGUGGUUGAGUAAGAAGAACAAGAAAACGAAACAGGUGGCUGCUGCGUCUGUCGUUGCUGGGAAAACAGGUGGCGUAGCAGCUGCUUGCGCGAUCAUUGUAGCCAUGGGGAUGUUCCUUCCUGCAAAUGUUAUAUAUAUGUGGUUUAUUGGAUUUCUAUGCCUCUUCCCUGCUGUUGUUGUUGCUUUUUCUUAGGCUAUUCCUUUUGCUUAUUAGUACCAUUUCAUAUUAGUAUUUGGACUUUUUCAAUAUGGGUUGGUCCGAUCAAGA